AUGGCUCCUUCUCUCCACCCCCUGAUCGACAACGGGCUCACCAAGGGAGACCCCAACUUCGCCGGCGGCAAGCUGCGUUGCCAUUGCAAGAGCAACCCCGUGGAAGUCACACUUGGAGGCAACGUUGCCCACAACCACGCUUGCGGAUGCUCAAAGUGCUGGAAGCCCGCCGGCGCCCUCUUCUCUGUCGUCGGUGUUAUUUCAAGAGACCAAGUCAAGGUCACCGCCAACGAGGACAAGCUCCACAUUGUCGACGAAUCGGCAGUCAUUCUCCGAAACGCUUGCAAGGACUGCGGGGUUCAUCUGUACGGACGCAUCGAAAAGUCUCACCCCUUCAAGGGUCUGGACUUUGUGCACGCGGAGCUCUCGGAUCAGAAGGGAUGGCAGGAGCCCCAAUUUGCAGCCUUUGUUUCCUCCAUCAUUGAGCAGGGUUUCCAUCCCAACGGCAUCGACGAGGUCCGCAGCAAGUUCAAGUCGGUGGGAUUGGAGACAUACGACGCCCUGUCACCUCCCUUGAUGGACCUCAUCGCGACUUGGACGGCGCAGCAGGCCGGUCGGCUCCCGCUCAAGCUUUGA